AUGGUAGCAUGUGUUACCUACGUUCACUACCAUCAAGCUGGUUCACAACUUCCACAAAGGCUUCAUGAAGUUCUUGUGUCCAACACAUUUUGGGUUUGGUUGGAGGUGCAGUGGACAAUGGUUCAGGAAUGGGACGAAAUUCUUCAGAUCAAACUGGAUGAUGUUAUUGAAUCUGGGGCGGGUGCACUAGGAUAUCAGAAUAUGGGUUGUAGAGAAGGCAUUGUGCACUUGGGGAAGAAGACAACGCCUACUUUGAAUCGGAUUCUUGAAAGAAAGUGA